AUGAAAAGUUUACCAUCCUCUGCUGAGCGUCUAGCCGUCUUCCACUGUGACGGUGCUACCAAAAAUGAGGCCAAUUUUUACAACGUAGUGCUGCCUCCUCUCAAAACCGUCAAGAAGCUACCCUUUCCUAGCUGCCUGCUAGCGGCAGACGACCUUAUCCUACUCCGCCACCUCGGAGACAGUGGGUUCGCCAUGGUCGACCGCAAGAGUGGUCUGGACAUAACUCAUUGCCGGCUGGUACUUGAGGUGGAACUUGGACGAUUUCAUGCGGCAUCCUUGGCUUUGAAGCAUUACAAUCCGGUGGAAGUGUCUAAAAUAUCUUCUCUAGUGAAUGAAAUAUUUAUCUUCAAGGAAAAUGCAAUUUUAGAACCCUCAGUUUACCACAGUAUCGAAAUGGCGGUAAGGGUUGCCAAAAACCCCAAUUCCCCCGUUAUUGAUCUCCUAAAAGCUAUUCAAGGUCGUGGCUUCGAAGUGAUGUCCCCUCUCAUUGCCCCCUCUGAACCAUUGGCUGUCGUUUGUCACGGAGAUCUCUGGAGCAACAACUUACUCUUCCACUACUCCGAGAAGGAUCCACAGACUCCUGACAAGGUUUGCUUCCUGGACAUGCAGCUCUGGAGAUACGCCUCUCCAUCUCUUGACAUCUUGUACUUGCUCUUUACUAGCGCUGGUGUCGGUGUCAUUAAGCAGCAUUUUCAGGAUCUCAUCGUCAUCUACCACCAAGCUCUAAUGGACCAGUUGGGGAAAAUUGCCCCACUUGCACAGUUGGUAACUCUGAAUGACGUCAAGGAGGAUAUCAGACAACACGCCAUUUGCGGAUUAAUAAUUUCGCUUAUGUCACUACCUACCGUUACUGCUGGAGAUGUUAUCUUCAAACCAGAUGAUGUUACGCAGGAUUUGAUGCAAAACAAAGAAUUCGUGGAUAACCUUUCUCAACAAAUUAUCACUGACGAAUACAUCAGAAGAGUCAAUGAUAUCCUUGAAGUAUAUAGUUCUGAAGGGCUUAUUUAAAACUAAAUUAGUUCCUUAAUACUAAAUGGUAUUUACCUAGUUGUAUUUAAAAUUUUAGUACAAUAGAUUAUGAGUCUAGUACCUUAGAGUCACAUGUACCUUACCUUAAAUUAUACUUGAACAUGAGUCACAGUACCUUGAGUCAAGAGUACCUUAAUUAUUUAUAGAAAGUAUUUAUAUUUAUAUACAAACAGUUUUUUUAAUAUUUAUGUUUGUACUGAUAUAUGAUUGUAAGCUUUCUUUAUACUGAUGACAGUUUUUAUUUUUUGUUUAUUUUUUUAGUGUUAUACGUGUAUGUCAAAAAUAACUCUCAUACUAUUCUUCUUUAUAAUAUUUACUAAUUAAUAUUGAGCAAAAAUUAUGAAGAAUGAAACUAGUUAAAAAAGAAUUUGAUUAUUAGGUAGGAGUUGUUUUUAUUUUAAAGAUUUACAACAAAUAAGGAAAUUG